AUGAAAAUUUCCAACAUUCACAUAGAAAGGAGAUUUGAAAUAUCCUCUUCUCUUGCUGGUUUAAUUGAUGGAAGCUUUGAAAUAGCUGUUAUAUGCAAUACUACACCUUCAACAUCAAACUUAUCAAUCUGUUUAAUUAAUCAAAUGUUAUCACUCAAUAGAACGCCAUCUGAGAUAGUAGAAAGAGGUUGUGUGAAGGAAUCUGGGUCACACAUGUGGAUAUAUGUCUUCAUGGGUAAUAUGCUUCGGGGCAUAGGUGAAACCCCCAUAGUACCAUUAGGGAUUUCUUACAUUGAUGAUUUUGCUAAAGAAGGAAAUUCGUCCUUGUACUUAGGUAUCGUGAAUGGAAUAGGAAUGCUCGGUCUAGUUCUUGGCUUUGUCCUGGGAUCUUUGUUUACUAAAAUGUACGUGGAUAUUGGAUUUGUAGAUCUGAGCAUAGUCAAGAUAACUCCUAAGGACUAUCGUUGGGUUGGAGCUUGGUGGCUUGGUUUUGUUGUGUCUGGACUAGUAUCCACUAUUUUUUCCAUACCAUUCUUUUUCUUGCCCUCAAAUCCAAAUAAACCACAGCAAGAAAGGAAAGUAUCGCUAUUUUUGAAUGUGCGAAAAACAAAUGAUAAAAGGAAUCAAACAACUAAUUUGACCCACCAAGGAAAAAAUAUUUCCAAAAACGUGACUGGUUUUUUACAGUCUUUGAAAAGUAUCCUUACCAAUCCCCCAUAUGUUAUAUUUGUGCUUUUCACAUUGUUACAGAGCAGCUACAUUUGUUCUCUUACUUAUGUGAUUAAAAACAUGGAGGAACAGUAUGGUCAGUCUACAUCUCAGAAUAACUUUUUGUUGGGAGUCCUAUCUAUACCUGUUAUUGCAAUUGGCAUGUUUUUAGAAGGAUAUAUCAUUAAAAAAUUCAAAUUGUCUUUAGUUGGACUUGCCAACUUGGUAUUUUGUUCUGCAACAAUGCAUCUCUUAGCUCAACUUUCACAUUUAAUCCUACUCUUUGAAAGCAAAUCAGUUGCUGGCCUAACCUUGACCUAUGAUGGAAGUAGUCCAGUAAGAUUUCAUGUAGAUGUACCACUUUCUUAUUGCAACUCAGAGUGCAAUUGUGAUAAAAAUCAAUGGGAACCAGUCUGUGGGAACAAUGGAAUAACUUACCUGUCGCCUUGUCUAGCAGGAUGCAAAUACUCAAGUGGUUAUAAAAAGCCCAUAGUAUUUUAUAACCGUAGCUGUGUGGAAGUAAUUGGUCUCCAGAACAAAAGUUACUCGGCGCACUUGGGUGAAUGCCCAAGAGAUGAUGCUUGUGCAAGGAAUUAUUGCAUUUAUUUUGCAGUUCUAGUUUUAAAUUCUUUCCUCUGUGCCAUUGGACUUACUUCAUAUUCCGUGCUGGUGAUUAGGACUGUUCAACCUGAAUUGAAAGCACUUGCAAUUGGCUUCCAUUCAUUGAUUAUGCGAUCACUAGGAGGUAUUUUAGCUCCAAUAUAUUUUGGGGCUCUGACUGAUAUAACAUGUAUGAAGUGGUCCACCAAAGACUGUGGAGCACGAGGAGCUUGUAAGAUACAUAAUACCAUAUUUUUGGGAAGCGUCCACUUCAACUUGACAGCAGCCCUGGUGUUUCCAACACUUGUUCUACUUGUUGUAUUUAUUUUUGUUGUAAAGAAAAAAUUCCAUGGAAAGGAUACCAAAGCAUUAGAAAAUGAAAGAAAACUAAUGGAUGAAGCAAAAGAAUUCUUAGAUAACAAUGAACAUUUUGUAUCUUCUGCUGAAGAACAGUAA